AUGGCCUCGCUCGGCCACACAGAGGCCAGCGUCAGGUCAAGGGCGCACCAACAGCACCACCACCAACAACAAGAUGGCACAGACCUUCCUUAUCCUCCCGCAGACCGCUCCUCGUCCCUCUACGCCCCAUCUCCUCCCUCGGCUGGCUCCGAGUUCGACAAGGGAAAGGCCGCCCGGCUCAACGCCAAUCAGUCCAUCUCCGGCAGCACCGGCCUCGGUCUCGGCAUCGGCGCACAGCCCGGCUCAGGUGCAACCGUACGCUCCAUCGCCAGUGCAGAGUACCGCAUCAUCGCCGCCCUCGUCGUCGUCGCCCUCGCCGUACGCCUGCACAAGCUCGCACAGCCCUCGAGCGUCGUCUUUGACGAGGUCCACUUUGGCGGGUUCGCCUCCAAGUACAUAAAGGGCCGCUUCUUCAUGGACGUACACCCGCCCCUCGCAAAGCUCCUCAUCACCCUCGCCGCAUGGCUCGGCGGCUUCAACGGCCGCUUCGACUUCAAGGACAUCGGAAAAGAGUACCUCGUCGGCCCAGACACGCCCGUCCCCUACGUCGCCAUGCGCGCCAUCAACGCCCUCCUCGGCGUCGCCACCGUCCCCAUCGCCUACCUCACCCUCCGCGGCCUCUCGCUCCGCGCCAGCACCGCCAUGCUCGGCGCCAUCCUCAUCCUCUUUGACAACGCCCUCACCAUCCAGAGCCGCCUCAUCCUCCUCGACUCGGUCCUCGUCUUCUUCACCGCCCUCACCGUCCUCUUCUGGGUCACGUUCUGCAACGAGGAGAAGCGCGCCCCCUUUAGCCGCCGCUGGUGGGCCUGGCUCAGCCUCACCGGCCUCAGCCUCGGCGCCGUCGCCAGCUCAAAGUGGGUCGGCCUCUUUACCAUUGCCACCAUCGGCGUCAGCGUCAUUGUCCAGCUCUGGGAGCACCUCGGCGACACCCGCCAGCCCGUCAAGGCCGUCGCACGCCACUUUUUCGCGCGCGCCGUCUGCCUCAUCGGCCUGCCCGUCCUCGUCUACCUCUUCACCUUCUCCAUCCACCUCACCCUCCUCCACCGCAGCGGCGACGGCGACGGCUUCAUGAGCUCCGUCUUCCAGCACACCCUCCACGGCCACGGCAUGCACAACACCUACGCCGACGUCGCCCUCGGCUCCACCGUCAGCAUCCGCCACCUCCACACCCAGGGCGGCUACCUCCACUCGCACCCCUCGGUCUACCCCGCCGGCAGCGGCCAGCAGCAGAUCACCCUCUACCCGCACCGCGACGAAAACAACGAGUGGCUCAUCGUCAAGGCGCCCGGCCCCGAGGACCCGGCGCCCGAGGUCGACGACAAGGGCCACCCGCUGCGGCCCACGGACGAGGUGACGCGCCACCACGUCGAGCCCAUCGAGUUCCUCAAGCACGGCAUGGAGAUCCGCCUGCUCCACCGCAUGACCGACAAGCGCCUUCACAGCCACGACAACCACCGCCCACCCGUCACCGAAAGCGACUACCAGAACGAAGCCACGGGCUAUGGCUUCGAGGGCUUUGGCGGUGACGCCAACGACAACUUCCACGUCGAGAUCUUUGAGGGCACCAAGGGCGACCGCGCCUCGUCGUCGCGCGUCCGCUCGCUGCGCACCCACUUCCGGCUGCGCCACACGCUGACGGGCUGCUACCUCUUCUCGCACAAGGUGGUGCUACCCGACUGGGGCUUCGGCCAGCAGGAGGUGACGUGCAACAAGAACCCCACCAUGCCCAACUCGCUGUGGUACGUCGAGACCAACACCCACCCGCUGCUCGCCGAGGCCCACGAGUCGGGCGCGUCGCCGGCGCCCGAGAUGGUCAACUACCUGCGCCCCUCGUUCCUCGAGCGCUUCUGGGAGCUGCAAAAGGUCAUGUGGGAGACCAACGCCGGCCUGACGGAGCGCCACGUCUACGACUCGCGCCCGCAGUCGUGGCCGCUGCUGCGCCGCGGCAUCAACUUCUGGACAAAGGACCACCGCCAGAUCUACCUCGUCGGCAACCCGCUCGUGUGGUGGGCGUCGACGGCGUCGAUCCUGGCCUACCUGGCGGUGCGCGCGCUGCUGAUGCUGCGCGCCAAGCGCGGCCACCGCGACCUGAGCGACAGCAAGGUGUCGUUCUACGACCAGACGGCAGGCUUCCUCACGCUCGGCUGGGCGCUCCACUUCCUGCCCUUUUUCCUCAUGCACCGCCAGCUCUUCCUCCACCACUACCUGCCCGCCCUCUACUUUGCCAUCCUGCUCUCGGCGGUGCUCUUUGACUUUGCCACGUCGACGCUGCGCCCGCGCUUCCGGCUGGUGGCCAUGGCCGUCGUCGUCGUCGUCGUGCUGGGCGGCUUCCUCAAGUUCACGCCCAUCACCUACGGCGGCGAGUGGACGAGCCAGGCGUGCGAGGAUGCGCGGUGGCUCAAAGGUUGGGACUUCAACUGCCGCGACUACCCGACCGACCUGGCCAAGUUCAAAGACUACCCGCCGGCCAUCAAGAGCGAGGCGGUGCAGCACCACGGCUCCGCCGCGUCGCGCACGUCGACGAGCGCGGCGGCGAUGCAGGGCGUCGGGCAGGCCGAGGCGGGUCGACACGCGUUCGAGGUGGCACCGGCGCAGGCGCACCAGUCGGGACACGGCAUCGCCGGCGGCGGCGUGGGCGACAUCGUGGCCGAGAAGCUGCAGGGGUUGAAGCAGGAGCUGGUGGACGAGUACCAGCUGGUCAAGGAAAAGGUCAUGGGCGGCGGCGGCCAUCACGAGCAUCCCGCUGAUGCUGCUGCCGCUGCUGCCGCUGCUGCCAGUGGGGGCGUUGGCGGGGAGCAAGUGGGCAAGAUGGAAGGAAUGGACCAGGACAAGGUGCAAGACGUGCUUCUACACGGUACAGCCGCUGUGGUGGGUGGGAGCGAUGCUUCCACGACAGCGGCGGGCGAGGGGGGCAAGGAGGGGGAGGGAGUGGCGCGACCGAGCGACGUGGCGAGAGUGGACGCGCAUGCCGUCCAAGAGGCCCACGAAGCCGCCCAGGUCGUAGAGGCCGACCGUGCCGAGUCGCCAAGAGACGAUUGA